AUGGGUUCCGGAGAAAUUGAUGUAUUAGAGAGUGGGUUAUUAUUACCAGAUUCAAGAACUGAAGAUGAAGAUGAUGAGAGGGUAGUUUUAUAUUCAGCUUCAUUUGCAGAAAUGGAGGAAAUUUAUGUGAAAUAUCAAACGAUUCAAUGGGUUUUAUAUUCUUUACUUUUAGUAUUAGCAUGGGGUAUUGGAUUGUUCAUGUUGAUUUACAUUCCAAUUAGUAGAUAUAUUCUCAGAGCUGAAUUUCGUUCCAGAAUGCUUUAUAUUACACCUAAUUCCAUUGUUUAUAAGGAUAUCUGCAGUCGUAUUUUUGGUGUGUAUUCAAUUAGAAUUGAGAAUGUAGGUGUAAGGAAGUCGUCGAGUGAUGAUGUUCAUAUCCAUGGCGUUGCAAACCCGAGGGAGUUUAGAAAGGUUGUUUUAACGCAUCUUGCAAACUUGAGAGGGAGAGUGUGUUGA